AUGUAUUCCUUGUUUUUUAUAUUCUUAUCUUUUUGAUUUUCCAAAAUUAAAAGCUUGCCCUUUGAAAAUUCCACAAGAGAUGAUCAAUAUUUUUCGAAUUUAAGAAGCAAUACCUUAAACAUAUUUUUUUUUAAAUAAAAAACGCCUACAAGUGCCAAAAUACACUGAUUCCAUGGUCAAAGCAAACUAGGAUAGAUAACAAUAGUAGAUUAAGGGUAGCUGAGCAAAUGUGUAUCCAGGUUAGUUUUUGCUACUUUUUGUGUUGGAAAUGAAGCUCUGUAGCUGGCUCCUAGAGCUUAUAGAGCAGCAGGAUCACGAAGAGAAUACCUCCUCAUAUGGGAUGUCUUUGGCGACAGCGUAAACAAUAUGGUUAGCACGCAUUUAUAAUUAACUAAUAAACUUAAACUUAUAUGAAGAAGGACUCAAGGAUCAGUAUUUGAAAAAAACUCUUAUAGAUCAUCACAGGUCAAUUCUUGACGAUCUAAUUCUGCAGAUAUAUAAAAAUAACUCUAUUGGAGCGAGCAGAAUUUCGAAAAAAUUCUCAAGAAAGCUUUGCUUAUCAAACGAAUAUGACGAUGGAGCUGGAGCAUGCAUAAGUUGUGGGACAAAUUGUGAUCAAUGCAUUCAAGAUGGAUGCACACAAUGCCAAGCUACUUUUUACCGCGAUAUAAAUAAUCUUUUCAAUUGCAUCACUUGUGACACGGCUAAUGGGCAAUAUAUAAUUGAUGAUGGGAACUGUUCUAAUUGCUCUGAUUCAUGGUGCCAAAUUUGCCCUAAUGAUAUUUGCACUGCCUGCAAGCUAAGUUAAGCUAUAAGUCUUGCUGCCAUAUAAUGCUAAACUCAUUAGUCGUUGCCCUUCUUGGCUUCGAAAGGUCGCAUUUUUGGAUUUUUGAUGUCGAUCGAGUCAUCUAUCCAAUGAAUCAGCUCCUUAGGGCAGAGCCACCGUCUGGAGGUGCCCCAAGGCCGACAAGGGAAGACCAUUUGGAUACAAAAGCUGCCUAACCAAACAGGCAGGACAGGAAAAUCUUCAGGGGAGAAACAAAGCAUCCCCUGCUCGACAAUGCUUCUCGAACCUGAAGGCCUACUUCGAAAAGGAAUAGAGGCUCUGUUUUCAGUUUCAUCAGGAAGAGUCCUAACUUCUCAAUAGGGAGUGCGCCUUGGAGACCAUUUUCCGUCAAUAUCACCAUUUUAUUUCUAUUCCCUGCAAAAUAAAAUAAAACGAUAAAUUAAACGACAAUGCUGGCCAUACGGAUAGCUACUAGCUGCCGCCCAAAGGUCGCCCUUUAGGAUUUCCGACCUGAACCAUCGUCAAUAAAAUUAACUUCCUAAGGCAGAUCAACCGUCUGUAAGGUGCCCCGAUCGUCACCAUUUUAUUCCUAAUGCCUGCAAGGCAUCUUAUUAUCUUAAAACUCAAUCAGACUCAUCAAUUAUAUGCGAUACUUGCAAUACAAAUAAUGGAUUCUAUAUAAAUUCAGAUACAUGCAUGCCAUGCACAGACACGAAAUGCAAAAAUUGCCCUAGUGAUGCAUGCUCUCAAUGCAAAUCUGGGUACCUUUUCGACGUAAAUGGCUUAUGCGAUUCUUGUGAUUUAUCUGGCGGAUUUUAUAAUAGUUCAGAUCAUUGUGUUGCAUGUUCUGAUAGUCAUUGUGCUGCUUGUUCUGAUGAUGUAUGCACUUCAUGUAAAACCAAUUACUAUUUUAGCAUAAGCGAUCCAACAAUUUGUGAUGUUUGUAAUACAGAUGGCUUUUAUGGGGAUUCUGAUGGGUAUUGCUAUACUUGUGCUGAUUCUAAUUGUGAGCAAUGCAACGCUAAAAAUCAAUGUAGUGUCUGCAAAAUAAAGACAAAUUAUCCAAAUAGUAAAGAUUAAGAUCAUAAUCAAUUGCACAAUCAUAAGCAGAAUAAUCCACCUCAUCUUAGAGGAAUAUAAACUAGGUGCAUAUACGUCUUAGUGCAAAAGGCUCAAGAUCCCACCCUCUUUGAGUUUCGUUGCGAAUCUCACUUAAUUUAAAGAAGAUUAUCUCCUUGUGCUAUUAUUCCACCCUUAUCGAGUGCCAUAUAAUUCAGAUAGGUGAAGACAGUUUGACAGGCAAAAUCUGUUUAGCAUAUACCUUUGGGAAGAAUAAACCUUUCCUUAUCGGGAAGUAUCUCAAUAGUAAUUCUUAUAGCCUAUACUUCGUCAGCAUUGCCAUUUAAUUUCUAUGCCAAAUAGCAAAGGAAUUUGUGAAACUUGUCCAACGAACAAAUAUACGAAUAACGAUGGAAUUGUUUGUAAUGACUGCCCUUCUGGGACAUACUCAGAUGCUGGAGCUACAAGCUGCACUCAUUCCUGCACAGCAACAGACUGCGAUGUUUGUACAGGGCCAGACCAAUGUUCAAAAUGCAAUAAUCUGAAUUAUUAUUUUACAGGGACGGCUUGCCAAGAAUGCCCUGCAGGAAAAUACUCAAAAGGGGAUGGCUUGACAUGCUCCACUUGUGACGACCCUGGGUGUCUUGUUUGUUCAGGAGGAGGCCUUUAUUAUUGUUUAUCAUGCUCAGCUCCUUCUUAUUACUUAUCUGAUGGCCGCUGUACUCCUUGUCCAAGUGGAAAGUAUGCUAUUUCAAGCACAGCUUCUUCAUGUGUUGAUUGUGGAAUUGGCUGUUCAGCUUGUAGCAGCUUAACUAUCUGCAAUACCUGCAAUGAACCUACUUCUAUGUCAAAUAAAAGCGAUGGGACAUGUUUCUGCACUUAUUCAAACUAUUUCAUGGACUCCAAAAAUAUAUGCAGACGUUGCUAUGAUUUAUGUGCAACUUGCAGCUCAAUAAACAGCUGCGAUUCUUGUGUACUGCAUUCGUCAUUACCAACUGGUUCAGCUUUAUGCCAGUGUGAUGAAGGAUACACAAAAGUAGGGCUAAGCUGCGAAUAUUGUGGAAGUUUAUGUUUAACAUGUACAUGUCAUUUAUAUUUAAAUAGCUAACUUUAUAAUAGUACAUGAUUCUAUUUUCUUAUAGAAAAAUUGAAAAAUUAUAAUCAGAAGAAGCUCAAUUCACUAUAAAUAGAUAUAGACAGCGAUUCAUGCAAAAUUUGUGUAAAGCAUGCAAUAUCACUUGAAGCAGGAGGAUGUGCUUGUAGUGACGGCUAUUAUAAAUAUGGAAAUACAUGCAUCGCGACAUGUAGUAAAUUAUGUUCGGCUUGUGAUGCUGACCAUGGAAGUAUAUGCACAAGUUGUGUAGGAAAUGCAGAACUAAUUGGGACAUUGUGUAGCUGCACCGCAAACUCAACUUAUAACUCGACGGUAAAUUCAUGUCUAUGCAAUAGUGGAUAUACAGAAGUCAAUAAAAAAUGUGUGCUGUGUAAGAAUUAUUUUGAGCUAAGUGAAGUUAGUGAUGGGUACUAUAAUAGUGAUUUUUCUGCGAUUAUAGUAGAAUUUAGUAAACCUAUUGACACUUCUGUGGAUCCUAGCUGCUCAAAUACAAUUGAUCCGAUAAGUCAAUAUAGAUUAGAUUAACGCUGGAUUAUUGUCCCUUCUUCCACCGAUGGCAUUUUGUGCGACGCUUGUAGCCUGUGGCAGAGCCAAAUUGGGUAGCUUCCACUUCUAGUAACUCCAAGCCGGGUGCCCGCUAGCUCAGGUGCUGCUGGCAAAAAUAAAUUGCAAAUAACUGCUAAUUGAAUCAGGCUAAAAACCAGUAAAUUUGUGCUUAGGUUUUUCGCAGCGGGGACAUUAGUUACUGCUGGACCAAUUCCCAUCUCCAAAAGCCAUGCCCGGAUAAACACAGCUUACCGUCACAUGUGAGGAUGGAUUGGACGUCAUAAUCAUUUUAUGUAUAUGAUAGGUCAAUAUAAGUUGGGAUUUGUACCAAUAUGUACAUGAAUUGGAAAUAGUAAGCUCAAAAUUCAGCUAGGAAAGGAGUUCAUUAUUAGACUUGAAAAUUUAUAUUUGCUUGGCACAAAUAUAGUUAAAGAAACUGGAAAUUGCACGACCAAUUAUAACCAUUUAUAUAUAUUCUGCAUCGAUUUGAUUUUAAUGCUUUGGAGACGCUAUAUAUCCAAGUUAGCCUCCCAAAUAUUAAUUAUUAAUCCAGAAUAGCUACAAUAAAUCUAACAAAUUCUGUAUACCUUUAAGAAUCACUUCAGACCCAACGCCAAGAGCUGUAAUAUCAGGCCCUUCAUCAUUUUCUUUAGGCUGCACAGACACCAAUCUUCAAUUCUCAGGUAUAAAAUCAACUGGCAGUUUAAACUAUUCAAUGUCAUAUUCAUGGUCUGCAGCAAUAUCCCCAGCAAACUCAGCCUUAAUUUCCUAUAUCUCCGGCCAAACAGGCUCAACACUCAGUAUAAAUAGAACUUAUUUUUCAUCUGGCACUGAUUAUUCUUUAACAGUUACCUUAAAAGUUACCAACGCUUUUUCCUAUUCUGACGAAAUUUCUCUAUCAACCUUAAUAAGCUCAACUCCAUCCCUUCAAGUACUAAUUGAUGCAGGCAAUAACGAUAUUAUGAAAUCAUCAGAAUCCAGAACUUACAAAGCUUCAGUUUUUUCUUACUGUGGGAGCGAUUCUUCUGUGAUAUCUUGAUCAUGAAAUUACGUUCCACAGGCUGGAGCUCCAUCGAUUUCUUAUUCAUCUAUUUUAUCGACAUCUAAACAGCCUAAUAAGCUUGUAAUCAACCCAAAAAUGCUGCCUGGAGGGUACUCUUAUAUGUUUACUGCAACUGCAAGUAUAACGGAUUCUACAGGAGCAAAAAAAUCAGGCUCUGCUUAUAUAUUGAUAUCUGUGAUAUCUACACCUUUAGUAAUUCAGCUAUCAAAAGCAAGUGGGACUGUAUUCUCAGAUAAGCCAUUUGAAAUUAAUGGCGAUAAAUCAUAUGAUCCUGAUGGUUUAUCAGGAUUGCUCACCUAUGAAUGGUUAUGCUUUUAUCCUUCAAAUAACACUGCAUGCAAAGAUAGAGAUGGGAAUCAGCUUAUUUCUGGAGCAUUUUCUUCAAGUUUAGCUAUUUCUUCAGGGAAGUUUACCCCAGGUGGCAGCUAUAACUUAACUCUUACUAUUAAAAAAGAUGCUCGUACAGCAUCUACAACAAUAUCAUUACAAUCAUUAGCUAUGCCAGCAAAUUAUUCAUCUUAUACAACUAUAGGAAUUUCUUAUAAAACUCAAAAAGUGUCCUCAAAAGACUCUUUCAUAAUAAGUGCAGCCAUUGAAACUCAGCCAGACUCAGUAUUAAAAUGAACGUGCAGCGACUCACAAAUUUCAAUUUCCCCAAACAAUUUAUCAAUGAUGAAGUUGCCUGCAAAUACCUUUAUUAGUGGAAAUUCCUAUACUUUUCAACUCAGUGUUACUGAAAAUUCAGGAAUUGUAAGCUAUCAAAAUAUAUUAGUAAACGUAAACAGUGGGGCCGCCUGCAUUAAUGGACUUAAAAUUUCUCCAUCUACAGGGAAGUCUUUAAAAACUAAAUUUUCCUUAUCAAUUGAUGGCUGUGAUGAUAAAGACAGAGAAGAUUUUCCAUUGGUUUAUACUUUUGAAGACAUAUGAAAUGGAAUCUCUUACGUCCUUGGGAUCACCCUUGAAAAUGCAAUUUCAACUUAUUUGCUGCCUGGCCUUAAUUCACUUACUGUAAUUGUUUGUGACCAGCUAGCUGGCUGCUCCAGCUAUAAUCAGAUAAUUUCUAUAGGAGAAAAUGAAAGAUUUUUAGCAGAAACUAGUCUUAUGAGUUCCUAUAAAGAGGAGACAUCAGAUUUAGACAGAAUUCUACCGACUGUCACUUUAUUUGCUUCUUCAACAGAAAUUGAUGAAGUUUUAUUUGCUCAAAUGUCAGACGAUAUGGAAUAUUAUAUAAAAAGCCAAAAUUCAAUUACAGUGAAAAUGCUAAAAAGUCUAUGUGGGGCGAUUCAAACUUUUACAACACAGGAUGGCUUAAUCAGUCAAGCUAAAUAUGAAUACUAUAUGGAUUGAAUAGUUUCAUUAUUAUAUGAUAAUCAGAUACCAAUAAAUGAAGACUCCCAAAGUAUUUUUGACAUCUUAUUAACCAUUACUAAUGGAUAUAUUAGUAAUUUCAACUCAACUGCUGGAGAUUAUGAAAAAUCUAUAGUAAAAGCUGAUUGAUUUUUAAAUAAAAUAGUAGAUUAUAUCACAAAAGAUGACUUGCCAGGCCAAAGUAGCAUUCCAACGGCUUCGGUUAGCACAAGUAUCCACAUAGGUAAAAUAAGAAACUUCCCUAAUGUAAUGACAAAAAGGAGCUAUUCCUUUGACGAUUUUAAAGUUAUUUUUCCAAGCCAUAUCCCAUUUAAUGAUACUGAAAUAUUAAAUUUUAGAGCAAAUUCUUAUGAAAGCAAUGACGAAUAUUCUUCUUUAAUUUCUCUCAGUUAUGCCACAAGUGGGACUUAUAAUAGCUUUGUAUAUAAUUCUUCAGAUGAAGAAUUAACUCAGUUUAAUAAUGGAAAGUAUCCAAUUAAAAUUGAAAUUCCAUAUGGGAAAAUAUAGACAUUUCUUAUGAAUAGCCCAAUAUGGGGUUAGGCAUGAAGAGCUAUCUCUCCAGCCAAUAAUACCAACUCAAGUUGGUCGAACCGACUGGAGAGUUAGUAAUUGUACCAUAAGAGGCUCAUUUGCAACUCCCCAUUUAGUUUAGUCAAUCAGAACUGGCCCAAACGACUGUAUAGAGAAGCUCUCCAAGCCUAAAUCCAUAUCGUGCUGCUCAUAGGAAAAAGCCUAUACCCAUAAAUGGAUGGGCUUGCUAUUAUUUUAACUCGUCUUCAAGUGCUUGGGAACCCAAUGGAUGUGUUAUUUCACAAGUUACAAGCUCAACCGUGAUUGUCAAAGUAUCUCAUUUCUCUAUAUUCAAAUUAGCUGAAAGAUCGCCUGAAUCUUUUUCAUGUGACCAGAAUUUAGUCCUAAUCUAUAUCAUGUCUGUGCUCAUAUUUAUCGGAUUAAUUUUAACACCAAUAGCUUAUUUCCUUGACAAAAUAUAUUUAAGAGAGACCUUGAAAACUCUUAUAACCGAAGAAACCAAUCAAGUCACAGCAAUGAAUCUUAAUGAAUCAAUCAAGAAUUUAAAUGAUGAGCCAUCACAGGUUGAUAUUGAUAUAGAAAGAGCCGAGCAGAAUGAUAGAAACGCUGAUGAAAUUAAUAAUGAGCCAAAUUCCCUUACCACUGAAAUGAAUGAUAAAGAAAUAAAAAAGAAUUGCAUCACCCUCUUGGAAGGGCACUUAGUCUUAGGAUUGUGGAUUUAUAGAGAAGAUUUUCUGAGGUAUCAAAGAAUUUUUGUGCUAUUAACCGUUAUUUUCUGGGAAAUGCUGCUAGAAGGACUGUGAUUUUAUUCUUUUGAAGAUUACAAAAGUGGGGAGGAAGAUGAUGAUUGAUCUGGAAAUUAUAAAGGAAGGUAUUUUGGGUACUCAAUUCUGGCAAUAGUUUUAUCAGUUCCGAUUGAAAUUUUCAUGAUAUUUUGCUUUACUACUAAAAGAAAAGAGAACAAAAAAUUGAUUAUUUCAGCAUGGGUGUUAGGAGGUAUAAUACUAACUCCUGUUUGGAUAGCGAACAAAAAAUAUUACUCGCAUAUAAGUGUUUUGAAAAAAAAAUCAUUUUAAAUUAAAUAAAACUAAUAUUUUUGUUAUAAAAAUUCAAAUUUGUAAGCAUAAAAACGAAAAAUCUAAUUCAAUUAUGGCAGUUAUGUUUUAGAAUGCUAAUUGUUUAAUAUUUAUUAUAAUUUGCUUCAGAUAAUUAUAAUAAGGUUUGAACCUAUUUAAAAAAAUUUUAUUCGAAGGACAAGGGUAUUUAUCCGAAAAUAGAGAUUUUAAAUAUUUUUGCUCACUAACUAAGGCAAGGAAGUAAGUGCAUCAAUUGCAGGCAUUUCAGCUUUAAAUGUAGAUUUUAAUAUAUGCAUUAAAAUGGAGUUGGGAAUCGGCUAGUCCUCGUAGCACCUGCAGUGGAUGACUCAAAGUAAGGCUGAAACCUUUCUGGAAGUGAGAGAGCGGUUAUCAAAUAUUUGCAUUCAGCUUGGUUUUCUGGCCAGGAAUAGGGAUGAAUAUCAAGUGAAAAGAUCUAUGAUUAGAUAGAAUCUGGUCCAGGUUCAAUUUCAGAACUAGCUUUUCCUAAUGAAGCACGAAGUUGCAGGGGCCCAAUAGCAUGACACACCAAUAACUCCGUCUAAAAAAUCAAUCAGAUGCGGCUUCGAGUUAUAUACUCAGAUAAUAUCUGACCAGAAAAUUCAAUUUUUCGAAUGCUUUGAAGGCAAGAUAAAUACCUAUGGCAUCACAGGAUCUUCCUAGAUAAUAUCAUUAAAUUAAUUUAAGUAGAUUUUUGUAAUGAAUGGAGUGGUUAUUGGGCUCUAAGCUUUAUUUGGGGAAUUAUUAUUGAAAUUGGUAUUGUCCAAUGCUUAUGGAUGCUAGGAAGAUAUGCACUUUUAGUUUGGUAUCACCAGUAUAAAAUCGAACAAAAUAGAAAUAGUUAA